ACACACACAAAAGGAUAGACAAACACACUGCUCCACCCCACACCUACCUUCCUUGACUGGCUGGGCUUGUCAGUGCUCACGCCCGUACCUGUUCACUAGCACAGGGAGCGAGACACCUGUCAGACAGAGACAAACUUUCCCUCUGCACACACUGGUCACAGACUCCACUCAGCCGGGUGAACGUCUCUCUGCUGGAUAUACAGUGAAAGCAGGUGGUCUGUAAAGAUAACAGAACAAGGAAGACAGAAAAUCCUCGAGAACAAGCAUGUCGAAAGAGGGGGACAAAGAAAGUGUGUUUCGUACCACCAAAGUGAGGACCAGGCUGAGGGAUGAUGGCAGCUGGUUGCAGCGGCGUAGCAGUGAUGAGAAUGCUAAAACCAGCGAGGAGAAGCCAUGGCUAGCAGAAGUGAGGGCUGGCCGAGAGAACGGAGCCCCCAUUGAGACCAGUCCGGUGUCGUCACCUACAAAAUCCACUCCGCCACCCACCAAGCCUGUCCCUGAAAGAGCACCAUCAUCAGGAUACUUGAUCAGAGGUGUUUUUACUAAAAUGGACAAGCCUGCAUCUCCCACAACAACUAAUGGCAUUAGUGGAACAACAACAACACAAUUCACCAAAAAACCUUCAGAGAGCUACAAGAAAUUAGCCCCCUACACUGUGAGGCCCACUUCAGAGAACCAGGACAGCCAGCUUAGCAACGAGGAGCAGGAGAGACGGACGGAGGCAGCCAGCAGUGUUCUGAAGAAAUCUGCAGUCAGGCAACGGUCUUAUGUGCUUUCUGCAGCUAAGAAAUAUGAGUCUAAAGAACCUGACACUUCAUUGGUCAACAACAGCGUAUCAUUCGUGGCUAAAAGGGUGGAGAUUUCUGAUGAUGAUGAGAGUGCUCCGACUCCAGCACCUGCCAGCACUCUGCCCCCCUCCCCGGUCGUCCCAGUCACAUCUGUUGCCUCAGCGCCUGAGCCCAGACCACAGAAAAUAGCUGACACCAGUGUUAAGACAGCUGUGGAUGUUGCCGUUAAUGAGCCGGUGGCACCAAAGGUGGAGGAGGUCGCCCCAGAGCCUGUGAAGGAAGACCCCCCUCCAGUGUCUGUUACUGUUAAAGAUCCGUUUGAAGACAUGGUACCAGGGUGCACCAAGGUGGCCACUCCUCUCCCCGAACUCAAGCCUGAGUUAGUUCAAACAGUCUAUACAGAGCCAGAACCGGAGGAUUCAAACAUUCCUGGGCAAGCUGACAUGCCUCUGGUUGAUCUCACCCCAGUGUCACCAACCCCACUAUCACCCACUCCAGCAACCCCACCCCCAGUCCCAGCCGUCCCAGAAUCCCCUGCCCCACUGUUUCCUGUGUCUCUUGCGCCUGUGUCACCUGUCCAAAUGUCUGCUGUAACAGAGAUCACAGUGAAGACUGAACCUGAACCUGAACCUGAACCAGAACCUGAACCUGAACCUGAACCUGAAUCUGAAUCUGAACCAGAACCAGCAUCAAAUCCGUUUCCACAGCCACGCUCCGGUGUUGACACGCUCACCACCUUGUCCGACACUCUCAUUUCUUUCGACACAAGUUCAACCAGCUUUAAGGAUGAUGAGCCAGUGCUGGCAAAGGAAGAAGGAGGCUCAGCGGACGUUAAUGCCACAGAGGACAGUGAUGAAGAGGAGCCAACUCCAGAAAUCAGCAGCUGUACAGGAGAAAUAGACGAUCUCCUGGAUUUAACUAAUGGUCCAGAGGAGUCAGCAGAGCCUGUUCCCGCCAGCCCAGGACGCUGGAGUCAGUUUCUGCUUAGCGGACUAGACGGUGAGUCAGACCCAGAAAAGACCAGUGGCACCCUGAAUCUCCUGGCUGAUGAUAUCAUUCCAAUCAACACAGAGGCACGCAGCCUCAGCACCCAGCGAGAGGAGGAGAAACAGACAGAUGAGACAGCCGAAGGAACACAAAGCCCCACAGAGACAGUCACUAUAACCACCAAAACUGUGAUCAUUACUGACAAACGCCAAGAGGACAGUGCAGCCCCGUGGAGCUCACGUGUGACAACCACAGUCACUGAAUCAAGCUCGGCUGAUCCGUUUGAUCCAUAUCCGUUAGGGACCACAUCCUCUAACAGCUCCUCUGACCUGCUGCAGCCCCUCUCUGAUACUUCCAUCAACAGUGCGCCACCUACUUUCCUGGAGAGCAAAGAUCCAAGUCCAGAGACCAAUAGCAGCAGCAGUAAUGCCUUGGAAUCCCUCGCAGACAAUGUCAACCCUAUCAGCUCUGACACUACAAGUCUCAUCUCUCAGCGGUCAUGGGCACGCACAUGGGAAACCAGCACACCUCAGCAGGCGAACACAGAAGAGAGCCAAGAAGCUGCACCGGGAGGCCAAACUGUAGAUCAAGAGACGCUGGUCAUGUUUGAGAGAAAGUCCACUGAGAAUGACUCCCCGUGGGACAGGUGGACAUCACCCACAGUCUAUACUAUCACUACUACCAGAGGAGAGGAAGAGGAGGAGGAGGAAGAGGAGGAGGAAAGCCCCAGGGAUACACAGACAGAGACAGUCACCACCAUCACCACUAUCAGAGAGAUACACAGUGAGCCACAGCCUGCUAUGGAUCGUUAUGAAACCUAUUCCAGGCCUGUGACUGUAGAAGACCAGCGUGUCCACACACCAGAACCUGAGGCCAAAAAGGGGUUUGUGUAUCUGAAGGAGUAUGUCAGUGCAUCAGAGCUGGCCUUACAUAAUGCCAAAGACAAUUUUGACAGUGGCUCAGAUUAUUUGACAUCAAGCUACGCCAGUUACUCUUACAGCAUCCCCUCCCCUUACUCCAGGUCGCUGUCAUCCACCUGUACAUACUGCGGGGAGCUGGUGGGCAAUGAUGCCAAGAUCUCCAUCGAGCACCUCAAUAUCAACUGCCACCCCACCUGCUUCAAGUGCGAGAUGUGUCGUAAGCCAAUGGGAGAUCUUCUCGACAGCAUGUUCCUACACGGUGGGAAAGUCCACUGCGAGACCUGCUACUCCAGAGCCUUGGACUGAUUAUCGAAGCUCUUCAGCAGCCUCUUAUCCUCGUCCCCUUCCCUUCAUGUUCAUUUGCAUAUAAAGUGAGAACUGCUCUUUCACAAAGUUUGGCCCGUGUUGGGUCUGAACUCAGGAGUGAUGUGGUUUAGGGUGAUCAAAGAGGACGUUAUAGUGAACAAUACGACCAGUACAUGUUGAUUCUUACUUUAAAUUUCUAAUUUCUCAUGUUAUACAAGCUUGUGUUGUUGUUUUUUUUUUCCUGGUGGUGAAAUCUGUAUCUGCCUCAGUGAACUAUGAAGGAUGUGCCUGUGCAACAUGUUGUGCUACAUAUGACUGUGAGCAGACUAAUACUGGCAAGUGGGGUACAAUAUUAUAUAAUUUCGCAACAAUACUUUCACAGGAAAAUGACUUUAUUACAAAAUGUUAACUUCUUUUUGCUCUUCUUGUUACAAAAUAGUGUGUUCACAUGUAUGAUGCUUUGUUAAAAAAAUAAAAUGAUCUAGAUAAUCCUGGUAUAAA